AACGUGGAUCGCUGCUUUGUAUUUGACUUCGCUGCAUGGAUAAUGUCGGCCGUCGUUCGUUUUGCACUUUCCAGAAGCAGCCUGCGGAUGACACCCAGACCCUGACUUGCGGUGACUGUUGUCAUCGUGUCUAUUGUGCCUCUUCAGACAUCUGGUUCAGAUCUGCCUUCGAUCGCAUACUUGUCUUUUGCCAUCGACUCUUUGAAUCCACAACCAUGAGCUCUACAGACACUUCAAUCCACAAGCGUAAGGCGUUGUCGCCGGAAGCCUCAAGUUCUUCGAAUGACCACCAAUCUGACCAACACGAGUCAAAAAAACCUCGCAAGGACACGACAGCACACGCGGACGACUGUGAGGACCCAGACUGCGAAGGAUGCGCUGAAGGCGAAAUUGUUCUCCAAUUCGACACCCCGCCCAGCGCAGUGGAGCUCUUCCAGAUGGCGCGUGAAGAGGCAUUGAAGAAGCCAACUUCUAUGGACUCUGGAUCAGGACUGUCCAGGAUGGCCAAGGCGCUGUUUGAUAAGGCUAUUGAGGAAUUCGAAGCUCUGGAUAAAGCGAACGCGCAUAUCGAGAUCAACGACGGAACGGAGGUUGCAUCCAAGAUGGUAGAGACCAAGAUACAUCAUGCAGCGUGCGUAGUUGCAAUUGGAAACUUUAUGCCCUCGUCCGAGAUGUUGCAGGAGGGCACACGGAUGUUCGAGGACUUGGUCAAGAGGACGGCUCAGAAGAACGGCAAUGCUUUGGUGGGAUUGGGCAUUGCUGAGAUUUCUCAGGCCAGAGAUGUUCGUCGACAGGCCAUGAAGGCCUUAGAUCCGGAGGAUGAAGGAGAAGAUGAGGAGCCAUCGGAGGAGCAGCGGGAUGCUGCUACGUUUGUAGGGAAACCAGAGGCCCUGCUGAUUUAUCAAGUUCUUGAACACUUUACCAAGGGCUUGGGGUUGUUGAAGGGCGAGGUUGGAUCUGCAUUUACUGAAGAAUGUAUUCGUGCCGCCCAAGAAUUGGAAGAAUACGGUGUUUCUCUGGAUCUGACUUACAACAUAGAUCUUGCAACAAAGGUGUUUGAUCAGGCAAUCCAGCAUUUGGAGGACGCACAGGAGAGCAAGAGUGAGUUGUUCAACUCUAGCGCGGAUGUGUUGAGUGUUUAUGGAUCUUGUCUGUACAGCAAGGCAAGGCUGGUGGAUAACCAAAGUCAGGGCGACGAGAACCCGGCCAAGGAUUUCGUGGAGAAGGCAAUCGAGUUAUUAGUAAAGGCUGAGGGUAUGCAGGAUGAAGAGGGCGAUGCCAAAACCCUUGAAGCUUUGGGGCAGGCAUAUCUCAUGUCGACAGGCCUGAUUGAGGAUGAGGAUAUGAUCAUGGAACGCUUUGAUGCUGCUACGGAGAAGCUGUCCCGAGCAUUAGAGUUAGAUCCUUACAAUGAUGCACUCCGAGCACAAGUUGAUGCCUUACAGGGCGACGGUGGAGGCGAAGAGGACUAUGAGCUUGAGAACGGAGACGAAGAUGAAGGUGAAGACGAAGACGAAGACGAAGACGAGGAGGGCAAUGAUGCAUAGUAGAGUAUCUCUGUUGUCGUCCGAUGCGUCGAUAAAGCAUU